UUGGAUAUCUCUUGCAGAAAAUAACUUGACAAGAGUUACGAUUGGUGUUUUCAAUAACCUACCUCUAACAGGGAUUGACCUUGCGCAGAAUCAAAUAAGCUCAAUUGAAGGUGGAUCUUUUGCAAAUAUUAGCACUCUGGGUUAUCUCUACAUGUCUCAUAAUCGCCUAGUGAACUUAAAACCUUCCUUUUUUGAAGGUAUGUCUACAAAACUUGACUCACUGGAUGUUGACUCUAACAAUAUUAGUGACAUCGAGCCAAGUACCUUCAGGCAAUUCGAAAUUUCCACCUUUUCAUUACGUCACAACAAGCUAGCCAAAAUAAAGAAAAGGAUGUUUGAUGGAGCUGACAUUCGUUAUUUGAGUUUGGACCAAAAUGAAAUCAAUUGUAUUGAAAUCGGCGCCUUCGAUGAUACUGACAUCGAAAGAGAGAUCAGUUUAACUGAGAACCGUUUGAAGGAAAUCAAGAAAGGAAUGUUCAGAAUUUCUCUGGAUCACGUGUAUCUUGAUUCCAAUGAGAUAACUACAAUAGAUGAAGAUGCGUUGGGAACUGUAGAAUUGUCUGAGUUGCAUAUUCACGAUAAUCCUAUUUCCAAGAAAAAUGAAUAAUAUCUUCAAAUUUUCAUCUUUGUGACUUAGCGUAAAUAUCGUGAACAUAUUGUGAAUAUUAUUGUACGAAUACUCUCACCCUGUACUCGAUUGAAAUUAAUACUACUAUCCACAAUAAUAAAAUCAGAAUUUU